CUGGCCGAUGGUGGCACGCGGGUUUCCAGGUCGGCCUUCCAGUGCGUCACUCCGGGCUCCUGGAGCCUUCAGCUCCACCUGGCGUUUCGCUGUCCGCAUCUCCUGAUCUUUCUGGCUUGGUUUGCAGUAGAGGAUGACCGGGUUUCCCAAUCCCGACGAGGGAAACUUUAAGGUCUCAAGUUCCUUUGACAUCCCCAUAAAUACCAAGGAACGACCUGGAAAUCCCACAGCCUCUCCACGAAUCAGCUGCACCCGCGCGCUGGUGAAGUCCAGGCUAGCACAGAACAGGAAAGGGCAUUUGCUGAUACUUGAGAGCAAAAGCCGCAGGGCUUACAAAUAGCCUGGACCGUGGCUUUGAAACUUCGUAGAAACACCUUUCCGCCUUCCGAAAGACAGCAAAGGGGCUCUUUCUGCACUUGUGUCUCUGACACACCUGCUCCAUCACCGCUUCCUCCAAGAAAACUGGAGUUGUUUUCUGAGCAUCCAAAUUCCUGAAGGCAGGCUUUCCAGUGGCAGUGACCCUUUGACAGCUUCCGGAAUUCAGACUUGCUGAUCUUGAAUCUGUGGUUUGGUGUUUACAUAAUGUGGUGAUGCCUUAUUUACAUCUGCCUGAUUUACCUACCUUUACCGAAGCUCAGGGAAGCCUAAGACGCUUACACACACCAGGAUCUUAUUUCUUUCUGUUUUCAGAAAAAGAUGUCCGUUUCUGCGUUUGACAGCCCAACAUCACCUUACUUUUUUUUUUUUUUUAAUGGAGCAAAGUGACUGUGGCAUCUCUUUCUCAGGACACAAUUAAUUCAAGAUGCGAUUUCAGCAAAGCUGACUGGUUGUUAAUAGGACAAGUGAGGAGGAGACUCAAGCUAUGGACCUUGACCAUUGAGCCAGGCUACAACUUGCCUUGUUCCAAGUGCAACAUCACGCCUAAGCAGCUGAUAUGAACCCGAAGUCAAGCGAACCUGGAGCAAGGUACAGCAGCCAACCCAUCUUAAAACUCCAGAAACCCAUCCGACCGUACAUCUGCUCCACUCUAGAUGACUUCCAAGAAGAGAGAGACUUUUUGGCCAACAUCAUCUUCCCUCGACUUAAUGACUUCUGCAGCCCCCGGGGCACUUACUUCAAAGCUGUGGACCUGAGGUGGUCCGCUGUGAAGGUCCGGAAGUCCUUCACCGCCAACCUGUUCCGCCAGCACGCCUGUCUCCGCUCGCAGAGCCUGAAGCUCUGCCUUGACUAUGUGGAUAGCUGCUUCCCCUUCUUCAUCUGCCUGCUGGGGCAGACCUACGGGGACUUCCUCCCCGGCUACACACCCUUCGUGUUCACCAAGGUCAAGGACUUCUCAAGUCUAUCCAAGGGUGAACAAAAUCUGUACAUCGCUGCAAAAAAUGGCUACCCUUGGGUCCUGAAGAGUCCCACCUGCAGCCUGACGGAGUUUGAGAUCAUCCAGGCGGCGUUUCGGAAGGAAUCCCCGUUCCAGUUCUUUUACUUCCGGACCUCAAACUUGCUGCUGAGAACUUUCAACGAGGAGGAGGAGGAAGAGCUGUCUCCAGCUUCUCUGAUGAACCAAGAGGAAAAGCUGAGAGUUGGAAAACUCAAGGCUAAGAUCAUUGGUAAAGGGCUUCAGGUCAGAUUCUACAGAGACCUGGACGAGUUUGGGGAGAUGGUUUUCAAGGACUGGUCUGCUGUUGUGGAAAAGCUCUACCCAGCCCCUACGAUCAUGGAAAACAUAGACUACAAACACAGCCUUGAACGUUUGUACCAUGAGGACUUCGCUGAGAAGUGCAAGCAAGUUUUUGUUGUCUCCAAGGAGUCCAGCAGGAUCUUUGAAAUCCUGGAAAGAUUUGCCUUAACAGAUGUCGGGCUUGACUCUGACAGUGCUACCGCAGGUUCGGGCUUAGACGCCAUCCUCAGAGUAAAUUCCCUUCCAACUUCUAAGUCGAUUUUGCUCUUGUCUGGAGAACGCGGCUGUGGGAAAUCCACUCUCAUCGCCAGCUGGGUCAGCGACUUCAGAAACAAGCACCCCGGAGUGUUGAUGAUCCCGUACUUUCUGGGAAGCACGUGCGAAAGCAGUGACGUCAUGACCGUCAUCCACUACUUCGUCAUGGAGCUGCAGCACAGAGCCCACGGUCCCCAGAUUGAAAUGGAUUUCCUUAACGAAGACUCAAAUGUCUUGGUCUUUUCGCUUCUUGUCGAAGUGUUCAUGGCCUCCAUCAGCUUGAAGCCAUGCGUGCUUGUACUCGAUGGGAUUGAAGAGUUGGUUGGCAUUUAUGGGAUUUCAGGUCAGAAGGCGAAAGACUUCUCAUGGCUGCCACGCUCACUCCCUCCUCAUUGCAAGUUCAUUCUGAGCACCGUCUCCUGCAGUCUGUCCUGCAAAUCGCUGUGCACCCGCCCUGAUGUGCGGACUGUGGAGUUCUCGGGCAUGGGGGACGAAGACACUAAGUUCAGCAUCUUCAGACAGCAUCUCUCCGCGCCUGACCAAGAACGCUUUGGACAGAACAAACCCAUUCUGAGGAAGAAGCCGAACCUGAACCCCCUGAAGCUCGCGAUCAUCGCCAGCGAGCUGCAGGAGUGCCACAUCUACCGCAACGAGUUCCAGUGUCUGAGGGAGUACUUGGAGGUGGCCUCCAUCCCGGAGCUCUGGGACUUGAUUCUGAAACGCUGGGUUGAAGAUUAUGGUUGGAAUCUGAAGCAUAAAGAGGCGAACUCAGACACGGUGGCUGCAGGAAAAGGGUUGAGCGGCUGGGUGGCAGACGUGCUGUGUUUGCUGUGUGUCUCACACUGCGGGCUGGCUGAGGAUGAACUGCUCCAGCUUUUGGACCUGCUGGGCUACAGGAACCACCAAAAAGUGACCGCGGUGCACUGGGCAGCCUUCCGCAAUGCUUCCAAGCACUGGAUCCAGGAGAAACCCAAUGGCCUCCUCUGCUUCUGGCACCAGUCUUUGCGGAGCGCUGUGGAGCACAAGCUGCUGGGUGUCGUCACUCCGGUCAGGGAGAGCAGCGCACACGCGCCCCAGAACUUGGCAAACCUCAAGAAGACGCACUUCCACCAGGUCUUGAUAAGGUACUUCCAGCGGCAAACCGUCUUCUGGAGAGCGUAUCAGGAGUUGCCGUGGCACAUGAAGAUGAGCGGCUCUUGGGAAGGCCUGUGCCACUUUGUCACCAGCCCCGGCAUCACAGAUUUCAUAUCGAAAAUCCACAACCCGAGUUUGUGGACCAGACUGCACCUUGUCCACUACUGGGAUGUGCUGCUGGAAGCCGGCUGUGACGUGUCUGAGGCUUUCCUGCUCUCCGUUGCCAAGAUAGAAGCAGAACAGUACCAGAAAAUAAAGAAGCGACCCAUGCUCUCAGUCCUGGAAUGCAACCUCUCUCAGGUGACUGUCACCGACAAAUGCCGGAUGAUUCUCUUCAUCGGGAGCUUCCUGAAGCUCAUGGGCAAGGUCAGUGAGGCAGAGAAGCUGUUCCUGAACGUGGAGGACAUGCUACAGCAGAACCCAUCCAUGACAGAAAUGCUCCUCAAAGCUCAGAACGCCGUGGGAGAAUUGUACCUUGAAAUCGGGAUGACUCAGAAAGGGCUCUCGUAUUUUCAGAAAGCAUGGUCAAAUCUGCUGCGGUUUACGCUCAGUGACUUAAAAAGCAGCCAGGAACUGUUGAAGCAGAAAGUCAAAGUGAUGAACAACCUGGCAAAAUCAGCAUCUGAGGAAUUCUUAAAAGAAAACCACAUUUUGGAAUACGCUACCGAAAUCUCCAAGUUCGUGACUGAUAACCCCCGCGAACAAGCUACCAUGAGAUAUACUGAAGGCAUUCUCAUGUUGACUACAGGAAACGUGCCUCUUGCAAAACUGAAGUUUCAAGAGUGUUUAAAUAUCAGAAGACGUCUAUUUGGCGAUAAAAACAUACUAGUUGGAGAAAUUAUGGAAUUAUUAGCAGAUCUGCUGUUUUUUGUACUGGGAGAUAACGAAAAAUCACAAAGGAAGCAAGUAACCGAAUACUAUAAACAAGUAAUAAAAAUCAAGGAGAACUCAGACCCCGUGGCCACCUGCAAGCUUGUCAGGAAGCAGCUGAGCUUAAGCCUCAGCGACACCUUGUGUAAACUGGCAGGCCAGCUGUUGUCAGGUGACUUCUGUCAUCGUGCCAUGAUGGAGGCAGUCGGCUAUUUGUAUCGGUCACUUGACUUAAGGGCAACUCACCUGGGGUCUUCCCACACUUCAGCCCAGGGAAUACUGCACCUCCUAAGGGAAAUCCAGACGUUCCGAGGCAGGAGGUGUUGGCCUCAAGGCAAGAGCCAGCUGUGCCCUGAUGGUACCAGGAACGGCUCUUUAUUCUGGGAAAACUUGUUUAAAUUAAACUUCCGCAGCGCUCAGAGCUCUGACACGGUGAACACCGCCAUGUUUAUGAACAUAAGUAAGUUGCAGAGAGCUAAAAGCACAGAGCCGGCACCACCUCCGGUUUCAGAUAAACCCAAAUGUGCUCAUGGCAAAGGAAAGAAGACCUUGACUCCAAUUCUCAGUGCCUCUGCUGGGGAAAAGACCCAAAAUGCUCAAAUAUGGAAUGAUCCAAGAAAGCAAAUUCCAAGGAAAAAGAAAGACUAUCCCACGAAGAUGUUAUUUCCGGCUGAAAAGAAUAGCUUAGUCAGACUUUCAAGGCAAAGGAUUUUUUCUGCUAAAUGUGAGAAUGGAGUCAGCCUUAUGACUGCAAUUUACCGCCAACCCCCGAGAGCACCUCUUAGUGCAAAGAGCCCUUGGGAUUCCAUAUCUGAGCUUGUAUCAGAAAAAUGGCUUUUUCACAGUCCACAGUACACCUUCACUCCCCAGAAGCCUGCUUUCCCAAGACGAUCCCUAAUAGCAGCAAAAUGGUUGAAGACCUCAAAUGACACCGACAAACAAUAAAAAUCAUCUGGGCUCUUUUGUA